AAAUAUUUUAUGUGAAUUGAAUUUGAAGAAAGAACGUAGAAAAAUCACCAGUCUAAUCUUCUAUUUAAUUGUACAGCUCCAUCUCUAUUAUCAACUCGCCGCUGAUUGACCAAAUGCCCAAAAACCUCCCUUAUUGAAGAUCAGUAUUCUCCAUGGCGCCAAGCUUAACCACCACCCUCAAAGAAACGGGACUCAACCAUGCUAACAACUCACCUCUCUCCAUAAAACUUGAAGCCUCAACGUUCCUUGCAAACAACCACCCUAUCCUCACUCAAGUCCCACCAAACAUAACCACCUGCACCACUCCCCACGAUUCUCCCUCAAACAACACCAUCACCGCCGGCUGCUUCGUCGGGUUCAAUACCGACGAGCCGCGAAGCCGGCAUGUGGUCUCCAUGGGCAAGCUCAAGGGAAUCAGGUUCAGCAGCAUAUUCCGUUUCAAGCUCUGGUGGAGCACCCACUGGUCCGGAACCAACGGCCGCGACGUGGAGCACGAAACCCAAUUCAUGAUCUUGGAAAAUGACACCGGCAAGGGCCGUCCCUACGUCCUCCUCUUGCCACUCAUCGAAGGAGCUUUCAGAGCUUCUCUGCAACCAGGUUCCGAUGAUUACGUGGACAUUUGCAUGGAAAGUGGCUCCACGCGCGUCUCUGAAUCAACCUUCAGAAGCGCCCUGUAUAUUCACCUUCACCAUGACCCUUAUGAGUUAAUGAACGAAGCAAUGAAAGUGAUCAGAGUUCAUCUUGGAACUUUCCGGCUUCUAGAAGAGAAAACUCCACCGGCUAUUGUGGACAAGUUCGGGUGGUGCACCUGGGAUGCCUUCUACCUCAAGGUACACCCUGAUGGAGUGCGGCAAGGUGUGAAGGGCCUAGUGGAAGGUGGGUGCCCUCCGGGCUUUGUGAUCAUCGAUGACGGUUGGCAAACCUUUUAUCGCGAUGACGAGCCGGUAACGGAGGAGCACGGCGGGCUAAGCUUAGAAUGCUCGGUGCCGGGUGAGCAGAUGUUGGGGAGGCUAGUGAGUUUUGAAGAGAAUCGCAAGUUCAAGGGGUACGGCGGAGGAGGGAUGGGUGGUUUUGUGAGGGAGCUGAAGGAGGAGUUUGGUGCGUUGGAGCAUGUUUAUGUGUGGCAUGCGUUUUGUGGAUACUGGGGUGGGAUUAGGCCCGGCGUGAAAGGGAUGCCGGAGGCGAAGGUGGUGGCGACGAAGCUCUCUCCAGGGGCGGAGAUGAUGAUGACGGAUUUGGCGGUGGUGAAGAUUGUGGAGAAUGGGGUCGGACUUGUGGCACCGGAAGAGGCACACAUGUUGUACGAGGGACUUCACUCGCAUUUGCAAUCAGUGGGGAUUGAUGGGGUCAAGAUUGACGUCACGCAUGUUCUAGAGAUGGUCUCAGAGGAAUAUGGUGGUCGUGUUGAACUUGCGAAAGCAUACUACAAAGCACUCACUGAUUCGGUGAGGAAGCAUUUCAAAGGCCACGGUGUUAUUUCCAGCAUGCAACAGUGCAAUGAUUUCAUGUUCCUUGGCACAGAAACAAUAUCAUUUGGACGAGUUGGGGAUGAUUUUUGGUGCACUGACCCGGCCGGAGAUCCAAACGGCACGUAUUGGCUGCAAGGGUGUCACAUGGUGCACUGCGCCUACAACAGCUUGUGGAUGGGAAACUUUGUCCACCCGGAUUGGGAUAUGUUCCAAUCUGAUCAUGCAUGCGCCGAAUUCCAUGCCGCUUCUCGUGCCAUUUCUGGCGGACCGGUUUAUGUAAGUGACUCUGUCGGGAGCCACAACUUCAAGUUGCUUAAGAAGCUGGUUCUGCCUGAUGGCUCCAUUUUGAGGUGCCAACAUUAUGCACUUCCCACCAGAGAUUGCUUAUUUGAAGACCCUUUACAUGAUGGCAAAACCAUGCUUAAAAUUUGGAACCUCAACAAAUAUAGUGGGGUUUUGGGUUUGUUCAAUUGCCAAGGAGGAGGGUGGUGCCCUGAGACGCGGCGAAACAAGAGUGCCUCUGAUUGCUCACAUUCUGUGACAUGCUUUGCAAGUCCUAAAGACAUUGAAUGGAGCAAAGGGAAAAACCCAAUUUGCACCAAAGGGGUAGAAGUCUUUGCUGUGUACAUGUUUAAGGAUGACAAGUUGAUUUUCCUCAAGUACACAGAGUGUGAGCAAGUUUCACUUGAGCCUUUUAGUUUUGAGCUAUUGACCGUUUCUCCUGUGGUUGUGCUGCCCAAAAAUUCAAUCCAAUUUGCUCCCAUUGGAUUGGUUAACAUGCUCAAUUCUGGGGGAUCAAUUCUGUCAGUGGAAUUUGAUAAACAGGACAACUUGGUGAGGAUUGGGGUGAAGGGACAUGGAGAAAUGAAGGUAUUUGCAUCAGAGAAGCCAGUCAGUUGUAAGAUUGAUGGAGAGCUUGUUGAAUUUGAUUAUGGUGAUAGCAUGGUGAAGCUCCAAGUCCCAUGGCCUGGUUCUUCAAGGUUGUCUGUGGUUGAGUAUUUAUUCUAAACCUUGAUUUUGUGUCAAGAAGACUCUUGUAGACACAUGGUACUCCUAUUCAACAUUAGAUUGUUGUAAAAAACUUUGUGACUGGUAGUAUAUGUAAAUCCCUAAACAAUUAAAAGUAAGUUGUUUGAGUCUAAGUAUUGUCCAUAUAAACACUCUGGUUAUUGUCUUUGUAUUGAUACUAAGCUUCUUUCUUAGUUCUCAUUGUAUCUGGGUUCUAGCACCCCCGUGCUAGCAAUGAACACAGUUUUGCUUAUAAAAAACAAAGCUUUACUUUUC